GAUAUAUUAGAAAAUGCAAUGUGGAAUGGAAGAAAUGCAAUACUGGCAUCAACGAGCCAGGGACGAAGCAUUUGAACUUUUAAAGAGACAACACCUUCAAGGAAAGGGAAUGCGUACUGUCUUUCUACUUGAUUCAUCAGAGAGCAUGGCCGGAGAGGGGUUUAGGCAGAUGAAAAGAAGUUUCUUGGACAUUAUAAAUGAAAUCGCUGAUCACAGGGAGGAAGAUGAAAACGUGGCAGUGUUGUGUUUUGGUCAAGAAGUCAAGUUUCUCCACUAUCUAUCGAACGACUAUGAAUCUAUUAGGAAGUGUAUAGAUAGAAUUGAAUGCAGGGGAAGUUCUCCUAUGGAAGCCGCAUUUCUUCUGUCUACAUCAUGUUUUCUAAAUAUAAGCAGCCUUUUACAUGUAAAAGAUAUUGUUCCGACAGCAAGGACCAUCUUGAUAACGGAUGGUCGACCGACAGACCCUAUAAACAUAAACAAACCCGAACCCGCACUUGUCUCCGAAAACCCAUUUAGUAUGUUUAUAACAAGAUUACGAGCAACUGUAACGACAUCUGCAAUGCUGGGUCCUGUUUUGUUUAUUCCUGUAGGAUCUGAUCCAAAUAAGAAUUUAUUGGAAUUUAUCAGCAACGAAGCAAAAGGAGUGACAGUAGUUCAUCAUCGUGCUGUGCAACAAGUUGGCCGAUUUUCCAAAAAUAUGAGCAUAACUUCACAACUGUUAAGAUACAAGUCUCCAAAGGAAAUAACUGCUGCUGAUAUCAAAUCUGCUGUAUUUCAACACUCAUCCUAUGUAACUGACAGAGAUAUUGAAGAUAUUUUGGAAACAUUAGGAAAUCAGAAUGUGUCAAGUUCAAAAACUAUGUCUGAUAUUGUCACUGACAUGAAUAACAUUGAUGAAAUGUUUACGGAGCGAUAUUCAGAUAUGCCUUCUAUUGGUACCCGAGUCAAACGAGGACCCGACUGGAAAUGGGGAAACCAAGAUAGCAUGGGCCCUGGAACCGUUGUAGGACAUUCAACAGUCGGUUGGUUGUUCGUUGAGUGGGACAGUGGAAGGACAUGUAACUACAGAUACGGGAACGAUGGACAGAUAGCGAAAUAUGACUUAAUUGAAUGCGAUGAACCAAGAAUUCUUUUGUAUCAUCAACAAAUUGCUACUGGUUGUUUAGUUUCAAGUGGACCAGACUGGAAAUGGGAUGACCAGGAUGGGGGAGAGGAAAACAUUGGAACAGUUUACAGAGUACAACAGGAAGUUAUUUAUGUGAAAUGGCCCCAUGGUGUGAGGAGCAAUUAUAGAUUUGGAUAUCAAAAUAAAUUUGAUGUUAGAAUACGUGACCCAUUAAAUCCUUCAGUUAUAGAGAGACUAUGUUUUCAGCGUAGUACAGAAUUUAAGAAUUCUAUUCCUUGCGAACAAAAUCAAAAUGAAUCAAGUCAAGCCUCCAUGUCUAAUACGAUAGAAGGUCAUGAGACAGCUAUCCCAGAAAACGUUAGAAGACAAUGGCAGUGGAGAGACCCAGUAGGAAGAUGGAACAAUUACAGUGAUGAAAUAAAUGAGAAAAUAGAGGCGUGUUACAGAAGGAAUAGAGAUUCAACAGUUGUCAUUCAAUUUAAAGGUCAUAUACACAGAAUCAUCCUACAACAAAGAAAACAUGUUGAUACCAUCACUAAAUUAACUACAGAUAUCAGGGUGUGCACGGGAAAUUAGAGCUGGAAAUAUACUGUGUUCAUUUCUGAGGAAAUACACAUUUUAAGGCUGUCCUCAUAUGACUCUAAAUGAUGUUUUAUUUUCAGCAGUGAAGAAUAAAAUAAAUGUAGGAGUAUUGAACAUCAACAUAUCUGAAUAUAUGAAUACCUAAAAAACUCAAAAGAACUUUUAGAAAAUAAAAAAAACCAUAAUGCUAAUCAGAUGUUGUUACAUGAACCUAAAAACUACAGAGACCUUGUAGGAAAUUUGUAAAAAUAGAUUUAACCAAAAACAAUAGGAUAAAAGAAUUUGAAUUUUAACACCUUAUACAACCGUUCUUCAUGAUAAAUUCAAGUCUGCAAAUUAUUUUGUAAAAUCAUUCU